AUGGCGUCCACCAGCGUGUCAAGGCCCCAAAUCCUCUCCCUUUACCGCUCUCUCCUCCGGACAGCUCGCCAGUUCACCGACUACAACAUCCGCCAGUACUCCAGGCGCCGGGCGGUCGAUGGAUUCCGGCAGAACGGGGGUUUAACUGACCCGUCUUCAAUCUCCGCUGCAUUCUCCGACGGGGAAUCUCAGCUCCGAGUCGCCAAGAGACAGGCCGUCGUGUACUCGCUCUACGCGCCUGAAAUCAGGAGCGUUAUGGAGACCUACUUAGCAGGCAAGCGAUCAUGA